CACCUAAACUCCCGUGCUAGUCUUUAAGAAACAAGCAUUUAGCGUCAUUUCCAGUUCCGUAGUGCACAUCUCAACCGAGGGCCUAUAUUUUAAGUCUGUCUUGCAUAUACCUCCAUGUCAGCCCCUACAAACAUUGGCAACCGCGAACGCAGACGUUCCGUGUUGGACGUCGGCGGGCCCAACUCCAUCAACCAGUUUGCCUCAUCCUUCAAGAGAGCCCAAACCUACAUGACUAUCGAUGUGGAUAAUGAGGCCUUCGACUUGUCCCCCCGCUCCAGUGUCGUCGAUGACGCGUUGUUAGCAACGCCGGCUCCACAGUACGAUAGCGUUCUUACUGGUAGGGUUUCCCCUGCUCCCCUCAGAGGCAUAGAUAGCAUCCAGUCGUUCCACUUUCCCGGAGCACCCACCGAUGUUGAGAGAGACGGAUUCGUCCACCGUAGAGCCUCCAUGGCUAGCGUGAAGUCCACCUUCAGGGAAAUUACCGGCGAUUCGACCGCUCCGCAGACCAUUUUCAACUCCAUCAACGUAAUGGUGGGUAUAGGUAUUCUCUCAUUGCCGCUCGGGCUCAAGUACUGCGGGUGGGUGUACGGGGUUAUUCUCCUCACCCUUUCGGCGCUAACCACGCGCUACACCGCGGUGCUCAUCGGGCGCAUUCUCGCGAAACACGAUGGAAUUUACUCGUAUGGGGAGCUUGCCAAGUUCUGUUACGGCACCAAGGGACAAUACGUGGUUUCGCUCAUCUUUUGCUUUGAUCUCGUCGGCGCCUGUGUGUCGCUAAUCUUGCUCUUUGCUGACUCCCUCACAAUCUUGGUUCCCUCGGUGAGUAGCACCUCUUUCAAGAUCAUUGUCUGCGCUAUUUCCUUUGUUGUCUCCUUCCUUCCUUUCAGUAUCUUAUCGUUCUUGUCGGUGAUCGGAAUCAUCUGUACCUCCUCCAUUGUCGUUCUCGUCACGGUAUGUGGGCUAUUUUUUGGCGGAAUCAGCGCCCCAGGCUCGUUGUUGGCCCCAGAGGUUACCAACACCUGGCCAUUGGACUACACGAAUAUUCUCCUCGGCUUGGGGAUCUUCAUGGCCCCAUGGGGCGGCCACGCAGUGUUUCCUGAACUUUUCCGUGACAUGAGACACCCGCACAAGUACACCCAUUGUGUCAACGUGACGUUCCUGUUCUCCUACGGUGUGGAUAUCUGGCUUGCAGUGGUUGGGUUUCUCAUGUUUGGGGUAAAUGUAGCCGAAGAAAUCACACAGAACUUGAUGUUGACCACCAAGUACCCGGCGUGGGUGCCCACCGUGAUUGCCGUGCUGAUGGGUUUAUUGCCGCUUUCUAAGGCUCCGUUGAUGACCAAGCCGAUUUUGACGGCUGCAGAGCAGGUGCUUGGCAUUGACAAGCAGAUUUUGGCGUUAAAAAACCAGGCCGAGCUGAAAAGGGCACUGUUCAAGGUCUUUAUCCAGCAGCUCUUGCUCAAGGUGCUUAUCUUUGCAAUGUUCUAUACCAUUUCCAUCACCGUGACCUCCUUCGGCAAAAUGAUGGCCUUCCUUGGUUCCGCCAUCUGCUUUACUAUCUGUAUCACGCUUCCGCUCAUGUUUUACCGCCACAUUUUCUAUGCAGAAUUGUCCCAGAUAGAGCGUCUUGGCCUUGCGGCCGGGAUCACUCUCAGUACUGUCUGCUGUGUGUUUGGCAGUUACGCCGCUAUCUGCUUCUAGCUUCACGCAUGGCUGCCAUUCUAGUGCACCUCAUUUCCACCCAGUUAAUCUAAGUUUGUAUUCCUGU